GUAAAGAUGGGGAUAGAUGUUUUGUGUAACCUCCUUCCUCUCUUUCCCAUGCCUUCCAGCUCUAGACAUCUCUCAGUUAUCAGGAAAUGUGACUGAUCAAGAGGACAUUAUCUUUCAAGGGAGAUUUUGAAAACUUCUGCUGGUUAUUGUUCCCACCUCAACAGAUCAACAAUCUGGAUUUAAUUCAUGAAGCCACUGUGAAGACCAAAGCUUCUCUGGUACCAGAAUGCAUCCAUUUCUCCUUGAGUUGCGGGAGGCUUUCCUUCAUCUGGCAUUAAUCUUCAGAUGGGCUAAUAUGAACUGAUCUUCAACGAAUCAGCUCUUUUGCACAAACCUGAGAGAUGAAAGAUUUGGGGCCCUGAACCAAUUCAGAUACAGUUCCUUGGUGAUGUAAAAAAAAAAAAACCCAAACGAAGAUUCAAGGGGCAAUGCCAGAUGUGAAAGACACUUCCUGCAAGUGACCAUUUCCAUUUGGGAAAGACACAUCCAAAGCUCAUCUUCACUUUCAGAUUCACUGAGCUUCUAUAUCUUGAUAACACCACCAGAAAACAGAGUUUUUCAAAGCUACUGAAAGGACAGAGUUUUUCAAAGCUACUUCUACAUAGAGGCAUUUGGCUGACCCAUUUAUGACAAGAAAUAGGAUCCAAUGCUAUGAGAUUUUGCAUAGACUUCAUUAGACUUCUGCAUAUACAGCCAUGGUGCCUGUGGGGAGAAAUGCCGGGUUGUCCUACCUGCUCUGCCGUGGGUGACAAAGAGAACCUCUCUAUUGACAGCUGUGCCCCUGAGUGUCCUGCACAGUCUCAGAGUGGCUCACUCAUCCAUUUACAGAGAGGGGCUGGAACACAAUGAACAAACUGAACUUCCACAAUAACAGAAUCAUGCAGGACCGACGAAGUGUCUGUAUUUUCCUCCCCAAUGACGAUUCCCUCAACAUCAUUAUCAAUGUUAAAAUAUUGUGCCAUGAGUUACUUAUCCAAGUUUGUGACCUGCUAAGGCUGAAGGAUGGGCAUCUGUUUGGGCUCAGUGUGAUACAAAAUAAUGAGCAUGUAUAUAUGGAAUUAUCCCAGAAGCUCUACAAGUACUGCCCAAAAGAAUGGAAGAAAGAAGCGAGUAAGGGUAUAGACCAGUUUGGUCCCCCAAUGGUCAUUCACUUUCGAGUGCAGUAUUAUGUGGAGAAUGGUCGCUUGAUCAGUGACCGAACUGCAUGCUACUAUUAUUACUGGCAUCUGAGGAAACAAGUCCUACGUUCUCAGUGCAUGCUGCGCGAAGAGGCCUAUUUCCUCCUAGCAGCCUUUGCAUUGCAGGCUGACCUGGGCAAUUUCAAAAGGAACAAGCAUUUUGGGAAAUACUUUGAACCUGAGGCAUACUUUCCUGCAUGGGUGGUGGCCAAGAGAGGGAAGGAUUACAUCCUGAAACACAUCCCCAUCAUGCACAAAGACCAAUGUGCUCUGACUGCCUCUGAAGCCCACCUUAAGUACAUCAAGGAAGCUGUUCGGUUGGAUGAUGUAGCUGUCCAUUAUUAUAGAUUGUACAAGGACAAGAAAGAAAUUGAGGCUUCCCUCUCUCUUGGGCUUACCACAAAGGGAAUCCAGAUAUUCCAGAAUAUAAACAGUGAAAGACAACUGUUGUAUGACUUCCCUUGGACAAACGUAGGAAAACUUGUAUUUGUGGGCAAGAGAUUUGAGAUUCUGCCUGAUGGCCUGCCAUCUGCUCGCAAGCUCACCUACUACACUGGCUGUCCUUUGCGAUCUCAGCAUCUCCUGCAACUCCUGAGCAAUAGCCAUCGCCUUUACAUGAACCUGCAACCACUCCUACGCCAGAUCAGGAAGCUAGAGGAGAAUGAAGAGAAAAAACAAUAUCGUGAGUCCUACAUCAGCGAUGCCCUGGACCUUGAUAUGGAUCAACUGGAAAAGCGUUCCCGAGCCAGCGGAAGUAGUUCAGGCAGUGUGAAGCACAAGCGUCUCUCCCGCCACUCAACUGCGAGCCAUAGCAGCUCCCACACCUCUGGAAUUGAGACUGAUCCAAAGCCCAGGGACCGGGGGGCUGAGGAGGACUUCAUGGUGGCUGCUGUCCAUCGCCAGCUGAGAGCUUGCAGCUCUAUGACCAGUCAUGGUAGUUCUCAUACCUCUGGAGUAGAAAGCAGUGAGAAGGAACGCCUGGAGGAGGACUCCUCUCAGGAGGAUGAAAUAGAGAUGCUUGUUGAUGAUCCUCGAGAUCUUGAGCCAACAAGCGAAACAUCUAUGGAUGACGUCAAUCCUGAUGUUUGCAUUUACAUCACAGAGGACAUGCUGAUGGCCCGGAAGUUUAAUGGACAUUCAGGAUUAGUUGUCAAAGAAGUGAAUUCGUCUACUUCCAGCUCUUCAGAGACAGUGGUAAAACUUCGUGGCCAGAGCAUUGAUUCAUUGCCACAGAGCAUCUGUCAGAAGCCAAGGACCUCCACUGAUCGCCACAGCCUAAGUCUGGAUGACAUUCGGCUCUACCAAAAAGACUUCUUGCGCCUGGCAAGCUUAUGCCAAGAGACAGCACAGAGUUAUACGUUUGGGUGUGGCCAUGGAUUGGCUGAAGAGGGUCUGUAUUGCAACGGCUGUUUAGCUCAGCAGUGCAUCAAUAUCCAAAACGCUUUUCCCGUCAAAAGAGCCAGCAAAUACUUUUCCUUGGACCUUGCCCAUGAAGAUGUUCCAGAAUUUGUUGUCUGAUGCUGACAUUGGGUGCUAUAGCAAGACAACACAGUGUUUCCAGUUCCAAAAACUAGUGUGCCAAACAGGAAUUUCCCUGCUCAAUGGUUUUCCCAGGAUACUAAAAAAAAAAAAUCAAGGCCUUGUAAACUGUUGCACUUUUAUAAAAGCUUGUCCUAUUUGCGGGCUCUUCAGCAUCAAUGUUUGCCGGGAGGCAGAAUUUGAUUGGGUUAAAAAUCAGUUGGAUUUAGAAGACCUGGUCUCUUCUUUUGAAAGCAGCCAACUUGGAGAACAUUUUGUUUCACAAGAAGGAUGCACAAUGUUUACUUUGAAUAUAGACGUAUCUCUUGUAUUUUUUUUUUUAAUUUGCUUCAUGGGAGCUCUUCUGCGCUAUGCAUACCAUAGAUUUUUGCAUCACCUUUGCAGUUUAGUUUUUCCCCUUGUGAGAAUAAUCGCGUUAGUUGUUCUUCUCCAUUCCCAUUGGUUGUGCCAUGUCAAGCCAAAGAAAUGCACCCUCCAAAGUGGGUGACAUCAAAGACAGAGCUAUAAGCAAUAACUAGCCCAAAGGAUAUCUGUGUAGAAAAGUUGCUCAGAGGAUGAAAGCAACUUGAGAUGCAAUGAAUCCAUCUUGUGAUCUCCCCCCUCACAAAAAAAAGUAUGUAAACUUUUGAUCCAAAUGGAAUAUUUUUGCGCUAUUUGUAAAGUUUACAAAAAAAAAAAAACCUGAACCAAAACAAGCAAAUGAACAACAACAAAAAAAUCCCCAAACAGAUGUUAGAUGGUUUGGAAAACUUUCUGGAAUCUUUGUUGUUUCAAAAGGGAAAAAAAUGAGGAUGUAGCAAUAGGAUUUGCUGACCAAAAGUACCUUAAGUUCAGAGAGAGAGAGAGAGAGAGAGAGAGAGAGAGAGAGAGAGAGAGAGAGAGAGAGAGAGCAUGUGUGAGAGAGAGUGAAUAUAAAAAUAUGCACAUUGCAGAAAAGAGUAUAUGUUUAAUGUAUUUUUGAAAAUAUAAAAUUAUGUUUUAUUUUGGUUU